GUAAAUCGAAUUAAUGCCCCUCUCUCAUCACCUAUAAAUAAGAGAGAACCUCUCGCCAAAACUUAUAUUCGAAAACUAAAAAAUUUCCUUAAAACCUUCAUCAACUAUUUUCCACGCUACUUGCGAAGAAACCCCAAAUUAUCAACCACGAUGGCGCGGCGGAGAGACGACUACGCGGAGGAGGAAGACGACGUAGACUACGAGGACUACGACGGUGUUGAUGGAGAAGAUGGGGAAGCGGACGACGACUACGACGGCAGCGGGAAGACGAAACGCAAGAGGAGCCGAUCGGAACUUAUAGAUGAUUAUGCGGAGGAAGACGACGACGACGAGGAAGAGGACGAAGAUGAUGAGGAUUACGGCGGCGCCGCCGGAGGAGGGAAGCGGCGUAGGAAGGCGGCGUCACAGUUCUUUGACGAUGAGGCGCUUGUGGAUGACGAUGACGACGAAUUGGAGGACGAUGAGGACAGAGAAGAAGAUUUUAUUGUCGACGAUAUACGUGAUGAGGAUGAUAGACGAAUUCAUCGUCGUCCAUUGCUUCCACGAGAGGAUGAGCGAGAAGAGGAUGUUGAGGAAAUCGAGAGAAGAAUUCAGGAGAGGUAUUCUAAGAGCCUUCACGUUGAGUAUGACGAAGAGGCUACAGACGUUGAACAGCAAGCUCUAUUGCCGUCGAUUAGGGAUUCUAAAUUAUGGAUGGUGAAAUGUGCGAUUGGUCGUGAAAGGGAAAUUGCAGUUUCCCUUAUGCAGAAGUGUAUCGAUAAGGGAUCCGAGCUGCGAAUUAGAUCUGCCAUAGCAAUUGAUCAUCUAAAAAACUAUAUAUACAUAGAAGCAGAUAAAGAGGCCCAUGUGAAGCAGGCUAUUAAGGGUAUGCGUAGUAUAUAUCCAGGUAGAAUAAUGCUCGUCCCUAUAAAGGAGAUGACAGAUGUUCUCUCAGCCGAAAGCAAAUCACUCGAUAUUUCUAGGGAUACCUGGGUGAGAGUGAAGAUUGGUACAUAUAAUGGGGAUCUUGCAAAGGUUGUAGAUGUUGACAAUGUCCGGCAGAGAGUAACAGUGAAAGUAAUCCCGAGGAUUGACUUGCAGGCCCUUGCUAAUAAACUGGAAGGGAGGGAAGUUCCAAAGAAGAAGGGAUUUAAGCCACCUGCCCGGUUUAUGAGUAUCAAUGAAGCUAGGUAUAGUUGUUACAAAAUCUUUUUAUUUGUUUCUUUCAUUCUUACUUGCUUCCCCCCGAAAGUUGACUUUUUCAUUUAUUUGACCAGGGACCUAAGUAUUCGUGUAGAAACUAAACGAGAUCCAUCUUCGGGUGAUUCCUUUUACAAAAUUGAGGGGAUGAUGUUCAAGGAUGGUUUCUUGUAUAAAAAUUUCUCACUGAAAUCGCUCAGAACUCAGAAUGUGAAACCUACUUUUGAUGAACUCGAGAAAUUUCGGCAGUCUGGUGAAACUGGGGAUGGUGACAUGUCAUGUUUGUCGACACUCGUUGCAAACAGAAAGAAAGGUCAUUUCAUGAAGGGUGAUAGGGUUGUAGUUGUAAAGGGAGAUCUUCAAAACUUGCGAGGAUGGGUGGAAAAAGUUGAGGAAGAUUCUGUACAUAUUAAACCAAACGAAAAAGGCCUUCCUAAAACUCUUGCUAUAAGUGACAAAGACCUCUGCAAGUACUUUCGAACCGGAAAUCAUGUAAAGGUCGUAUCUGGUGCUUCAGAAGGUGCAACUGGUAUGGUGGUUUCAGUUGAAGGUCACAUGGUGAACAUAGUUUCAGACACAACCAAGGAGCUUUCUCGUGUCUUUGCGGACAACAUUGUGGAAAGCUCUGAAAUAACAUCAGGUGUUACUAGGAUCGGGGAUUACGAGCUUCAUGACCUUGUGCUACUUGAGGACAAUAGCUUUGGCUUGAUUAUACGUGUGUUGAGCGAUGCUUUCCAGGUUCUUAAGGGUGUUCCAGAAUGCCCUGAAGUUGCCCUUGUGAUGUUGAGAGAUAUUAAACAGAAGAUAUUUAUGAAGAUUUUUGCAACGGACCAAUAUAAGAACACAGUAUCCGUGAAAGAUGUUGUAAAGAUUCUCGAGGGUCCGUUUAGGGGGAAACAAGGUCCGGUUGAACAUAUAUACAAAGGAGUCUUGUUUAUUCAUGACCGUCACCACCUUGAGCAUACUGGCUUUAUUUGUGUUACAUCCAAGUCUUGUAUGGUUGUGGGUGGAUCUCGUUCGAACGGUGAUCGCGAUGGUAACACAUUGAUAUCGAGAUUUGCGCAUCUCAGAACGCCAUCUUGUGCCACACAAUAUCCGAUGAGACCACCUAGAGGAGGCCCUGGCCCCAUAAAUAAUUUUGGAGGGAGGAAUGGAGGUGGUGGAAGAGGUUUAGUUGGAGCUGCGGUUAAAAUUCGUGUCGGCCAUUAUAAGGGAAGCAAGGGACGAGUAGUAGAAGUUAAAGGUUCAACGGUUCGUGUUGAAUUAGAGUCGCAAAUGAAAGUUGUUACAGUUGAACGCAGUUAUAUUUCGGAUAAUGUCAAUGUUUCCACACCAUUCAGGGAAACAUCAAGAUAUGGCAUGGGAAGCGAGACACCUAUGCCGCCUCGAACUCCACUGCAUCCGUGUAUGACUCCUUUGAGAGAUUCGAUGGUUUCGAGUCCUGUAUAAAAUUGAUCGAAUUGUACAUCUUUAUUAUUUAUUUAUUAUUAUUUUUUAAUCUCUGACAAAAAAAAUAAAAGAUCGGAAAAUUUUCACUAUUUUGCCAUAGUCAGAUAUUCCGAGCUCACUGGCAAAUCUGCUAAACAACAGCAACAAUUUGUUAUUUUUGUCAUUAUAAAAAACAAAAUGAAGUUGAUAAGCUUUA